AUGACCCCUCAGCAAAGCAGAUGUGACCGGUCCAAGGACUCCGUGGCUGCAGGGUCGCCGGGCAAACUGCCCCCAGCUCUGGAGAUGUGUCUGGUGAGAAGCCAGGCACGGGUCCCCCUGCGUCCAAGGAGGGGGUCCGAUGUGGUCACUCACCGAGCAUCCCGUUACGGCCUGUCCCUCCUUUCUCAGACCCACCGUCACUCCCCCGGUGGGACACAAGAGGACCUGCUUAGAUGUCACCCUGUGUGCGCGUGUGAGGGAGGUAACCCGGCAUUUCUGUGCCUUCCAGUGGAGUUCUUAUACUGCGACCUGGCGUCUCUGGAGUCCGUCCGCGAGUUCGUGCACAAGUUCAAGGCCAAGAGGAUCCCUCUACACGUGCUGGUCAACAACGCCGGCGUGAUGAUGGUCCCGCAGAGGAAGACCGCGGACGGAUUCGAGGAGCACUUCGGCGUGAACUACCUGGGGCACUUCCUGCUCACCAACCUGCUGCUGGACACCCUCCAGGAGUCAGGAUGCCCCGGCCGCAGCGCCAGGGUGGUCACCGUGUCGUCAGCCACGCACUACGUCGGCGAGCUGGACCUGGACGACCUUCAGAGCAGCCGCUGCUACUCCCCGCACGCCGCCUACGCCCGCAGCAAGCUGGCCCUGGUCCUCUUCACCUACCACCUGCAGCGCCUCCUGGCGGCCCAGGGCAGCCACGUCACGGCCAACGCCGCGGACCCCGGCGUGGUGGACACCGGCCUCUACAGGCACGUCUUCUGGGGCACGCGUCUGGUCCAGAGGCUCUUCAGCCGGUGGCUGUUCAAGACCCCCGACGAAGGGGCCUGGACCCCCGUCUACACGGCGCUUGCCCCCGCGCUGGAGGGCCUGGGUGGCCGCUACCUCUACAACGAGAAGGAGACCGCGUCGCUGGCCGUCACCCACGACCCGGACCUGCAGCGGGGACUGUGGGCCAGGAGCUGUGUGCUGACCGCCGUCCCCGACGGGACCCCCGACAUCCUCGCGGGGCGGCUGCCCCGGCGGGAGGAGGUCGCCACGCUCAGCCCGCUGAGCUCGGGCGUGUGAAGGGUCCCCCGGUCGCCGCCCUCACCUGGCCUUUGGGGGGCCUCACAGAGCAAAGGCCACACGGUGUGUUGCACCGAGCAGGGGGGGGCCUUCACCCCACAUCUUGUGAUGCCCAAGUGUCGAAUGGUUCCAGGUGCCACAAGGAAUUAAACGCUACCCUUCC